GGAUCAUCCCAACAACACCAAUUAUAGCAUUAUAAGUUCUGGAAAGUUCGGUAAGUAUGGCGGAAAGUUCGUCCCUGAGACCCUAAUGGCUAGUUUAUUUCACCUUGAACGUGAACUCAAUGCCGCCUUAGACGAUCCUCUGUUUCAAGUGGAGCUUGAAACUCUAUUGAGAGAUUAUGUUGGAAGAGAAACUCCGCUAUACUUUGCUGAAAGACUUUCUGAGCGUUACAAGGACAAAAAUGGGAGAGGACCCGAGAUAUAUCUCAAGAGGGAGGAUCUCGUACAUGGAGGUGCACACAAGCUAAACAAUGCUCUCCCACAGGCUAUGUUAGCCAAGAGAAUGGGGUUGAAGAACAUCGUCGCAGCCACGGGAGCUGGACAGCACGGAGUGGCUGUCGCGAAUUCCUGUGCUAGGCUGGGAUUGGAUUGUAAGAUAUUUAUGGGGAAACACGACAUGGAAAGACAAUCAUCUAAUGUAAUCCUCAUGAAUCUAGCUGGUGCUAAGGUGAUAGCGGUUGAUGGUGGGUUUAAAGAGGCGACGUCAGAAGCAAUAAAGGGUUGGGUCGAGAAUCUCCAAACUAGUUACUUCCUCUCCGGCACAGCGGUGGGUCCACACCCUCUGCCGGAGAUGGUGAAGCGAUUCCAAACAGUUAUCGGAAAGGAGACUUGCAAGCAAGCGAAGGAGAAAUGGGGAGGCAAGCCAGACGUGUUAGUGGCUUGUGUUGGGAGCGGUUCAAACGCACUAGGUCUCUUCGAUGAGUUUGUGGGAGACAAUGAUGUCCGACUUAUUGGAGUGGAGGCAGCCGGUACAGGAUUAGACACGGGAAAACACUCUGCAACUCUCACAAUGGGAGAUGUAGGUGUUUUUCAUGGAUCAAUGGGAUACUUGUUACAAGAUGACGAAGGCCAAAUCAUUGUCCCCUAUUCUAUAGGCGUCGGGUUAGAAUAUCCAGCUGUUAGUCCGGAGUUGAGCUUUCUUAAGGAUGCAGGACGAGUUGAAUUUCACACCGUGAUAGACCAAGAAGCUACGGAAGCAUUCAAGAGAGUGUGCACAUUAGAGGGGAUAUUUGCAGCAUUGGAGACUUGCCAUGCUUUGGCAUAUCUUGAGAAGCUUUGCCCUACUUUGCCGGAUGGUGCUAAGGUUGUGGUUUGUUGCAGUGGAAGAGGAGAUAAGGAUGCUCAAACUAUUAUUAACCAGUUUUAAACAAGAUUGGAGACAAAGGCUAGACUGAUUUAUUAAGUAAUAAUUGCAUAUAUUAAUUACCAUGUUCUAUUAUAAAUACAUGUUAUUUUUUUGCUUAUUUGUGUGACCUAUUAGGUUCUUGUAUACUAUGGUUGUCUAUAAUUUAGAAAUAAUGAAUAUAAUAUAGUUGGUGGUUGAAUUAUAGUUAUUGUC